AUGGUGCAACAAUUAUGCUCAGCAUACCAGACAGACAUCGAGGGUGAUGCAGACGGUGUAAGUAACCAGCAAACAAAAAUUGAUGCAGAGCGACAGCUGUCAGAACACUCUGCAGCAUUGGGAAAUCCUGUGGUGAUUCGACGUACCUCUAUGCGUGCUGCUAUGACAGUUGGUGACAACAGCUAUGUACCAUCACGAAAUAAGAGAAAACCUCAAACUUACUCAAAUUGUAAGAGGACACAGUGCGAUGGCACUGAUCCUGGUUCUAUGACAUCUCGUGUGCCUGUGCACCUUCUAUUACUUAAUGCUAUCAUCAGUAGCCAGGAUAUUAUCCUGGCAUUUGGGUAUGGAUUUUUGGUGCAGUUCUAUAUUAUGAUUACCAUGCUCCACACAAACUCAGGAGUGAUCUUUUGGAAACACUACUGGCAUGAUCAGCCGGAUCGUUCUAUAGAGCACAUUGGUACUGACCUAUUCUUGGGGAAAGAUAUGGAAUCAUUAUAA